AUGAACCCAAAGGACUACUGCAGUCUUUUGUUUGACGACGAAACCUUCAGCCGGUCAAGGCUGUAUUUCUGGAUUAUUGGAUUCAUCAUUGAGGUCCAUCCUUGCAUCGAAGACAACAUCACCCAGUGGAAUCUUUACCAAAGAGCUCGAAUUCAGCCCCUGCUGGAUGACCUGAACUCCAAAGAUCAAGCCGAAGUUACGAAAGUCGAAAGAAGUAUUGCCAAAAGCAUCACAAAGUACGACAAGGAAGGCAACGAGAUUAAGCAAGAUCUCGAAAAUCUCAAGAAAAGAUUCGAUGAAAUAUCGGAGAGCGUACGGGCAUUGCGGGACGGGCUAUUCAAUGCUAGUGCCCUUAUGGAAAGCAGAUCCGCUACAAGGCUGGGUCAGAACGUUCAGCUCCUCACCUACGUGAGCAUAUUCUAUUUGCCCCUUGGAUUCUGCGCUGCUCUCUGGGCGGUCCCAAACAUUGACCAAUUCAACACUCGGAAAGCAUUCAUAAUCGCAACAUGUCUUGUCUCUCUUGUCACACUCACAGUUGUCUUCAAUAUGGGCAACAUAUCGGAUGCUCUUGGCCUCACCUACUUUCAUUGGAGGAAGAAGACGUUGCAAGCUAUGGAAAACGAUCCCAACACAAAAUGGCAAGGUCGCCGGGGGAGGUUUGAUGAGUUUCCGCCUAACAUCGAGCGUAGAGUCGCCUCAGAGUGGUGGAUAGCUCACUAUCAAGCGUAUCAGCUAGGCCGAAAAGUGAAGGAUGGUUUGAAGACAUUCAAAGGUCGUUUCACGGGAAGAGAAGCUAAUUCAGAUAGUAUUCCAGCAAGCGGGACAGGCAAUGUGUAA